CUUCCAGCUCCUGCUCCCUGUGCCGCCGUUCCCAGCGCUGUCUCCGGCCCGAGGCCCCCUCCCCGUCCCGCCGGCCCCCUCCCCCGGCUGGGCCCGGGGGAGGGUGGCGCCGUGAGCGAGCGGGGACUGGGCUCUCUUGCCCCUUCCCUUGUCCCUGGGCUGCCAGGAUGGAGGCGGGGUCGGGCCCCCCGGGCGGCCCGGGAUCGGAGAGCCCCAACAGGGCGGUGGAGUAUCUCUUGGAGCUGAACAACAUCAUCGAGAGCCAGCAGCAGCUGCUGGAGACCCAGCGGCGGCGCAUCGAAGAGCUGGAGGGCCAGUUGGACCAGCUCACCCAGGAGAACCGGGACCUGCGGGAGGAGAGCCAGCUGCACCGUGGGGAGCUGCACCGGGACCCCCACGGCGCGCGGGAUAGCCCCGGUCGCGAAAGCCAGUACCAGAAUCUACGUGAGACCCAGUUCCAUCAUCGUGAGCUGCGGGAGAGCCAAUUCCACCAGGCGGCCCGGGACGUGGCUUAUCCGAACCGGGAUGGCACCUACCAGAACCGGGAAGCUGUGUAUCGGGACAAGGAGCGGGACGCUUCCUAUCCUCUCCAGGACACCACCGGUUACACAGCCCGCGAACGCGAUGUGGCCCAAUGCCACCUGCACCACGACAACCCAGCCCUGGGUCGUGAGCGUGGCGGGCGGGAGACCGGGCCAGCGCACCCAGGGCGCGAGAAGGAAGCCGGCUAUUCCGCGGCGGUGGGCGUGGGGCCGAGGCCACCGCGGGAACGUGGCCAGUUGAGCCGUGGCGCAUCCAGGAGCUCCAGCCCCGGGGCUGGUGGAGGCCACAGCACCAGUACCAGCACCAGCCCGGCUACCACCCUCCAGAGAAAAUCUGAUGGUGAGAAUUCCAGAACUGUCAGUGUGGAGGGUGAUGCCCCAGGCAGUGACCUGAGCACAGCGGUUGAUAGUCCUGGGAGCCACCCCCCCUACCGACUGAGCCAGCUGCCCCCCACCAGCAGCCACAUGGGGGGCCCCCCUGCUGGGGUGGGCCUUCCCUGGGCUCAGCGAGCACGCCUCCAACCAGCCAGUGUGGCCCUGAGGAAGCAGGAGGAAGAGGAGAUAAAGCGUUCCAAGGCCUUGUCGGACAGCUACGAACUCUCCACGGAUCUGCAGGAUAAGAAGGUAGAAAUGCUGGAGAGGAAGUAUGGGGGCUCCUUUCUGAGUCGCAGGGCUGCCAGGACCAUCCAGACAGCCUUCCGCCAGUACCGCAUGAAUAAGAACUUUGAGCGACUGCGCAGCUCAGCUUCAGAGAGCCGCAUGUCCCGUCGCAUCAUCCUGUCCAACAUGCGAAUGCAGUUCUCCUUUGAGGAAUAUGAGAAGGCACAGAACCCUGCGUACUUCGAGGGCAAGCCUGCCUCGCUGGACGAGGGUGCCAUGGCUGGGGCCCGGAGUCACCGACUUGAACGGGGACUCCCCUAUGGAGGCUCCUGUGGUGGGGGCAUCGAUGGAGGUGGAAGCUCUGUCACCACAUCUGGAGAGUUUUCUAAUGACAUCACAGAGCUCGAGGACUCCUUCUCCAAACAGGUAAAGUCACUGGCUGAAUCUAUCGACGAGGCCUUGAACUGCCACCCAUCAGGGUCAAUGUCUGAGGAAGCAGGCUCAUCUCAACUGGAGAAGCGGGAAUCAAAGGAACAGCAAGAAGACAGCUCAGCCACAUCUUUCAGUGAUCUUCCCCUCUACCUGGAUGACCCAGUUCCCCCACCAUCCCCUGAACGACUUCCUAGUGCAGAGCCUCCACCCCAGAGCCGACCUGAGUUCUGGGCACCAGCCCCACUCCCGCCAGUUCCUCCAUCAGUGCCAUCAGGGACUCGGGAAGAUGGUGGCCGCGAGGAAGGCACUCGUAGGGGUCCUGGGUGCUUGGAGUGCCGGGAUUUCCGGCUGCGAGCUGCCCACCUUCCCCUGCUUACCAUUGAGCCUCCUAGUGACAGCUCCGUGGACCUGAGUGACCGCUCAGAUCGCGGCUCUGUUCACCGCCAGCUAGUAUAUGAGGCUGAUGGCUGCAGCCCACAUGGGACCCUAAAACACAAGGGGCCACCAGGCAGGGCCCCAAUCCCACAUCGCCACUACCCAGCCCCUGAGGGCCCAGCUCCAGCCCCACCAGGGCCCCUGCCACCAGCCCCCAACAGUGGCACUGGGCCCAGUGGUGUGGCUGGGGGUCGGAGGCUGGGGAAGUGUGAGGCCGCAGGCGAAAACUCUGAUGGUGGAGAUAAUGAGAGCCUGGAGAGUUCUAGCAAUUCCAAUGAGACCAUCAACUGCAGCUCUGGCUCCUCUUCUCGAGACAGCCUGAGGGAGCCUCCAGCCACUGGCCUGUGCAAACAGACCUACCAGCGUGAGACCAGGCACAGCUGGGAUUCGCCAGCCUUCAACAACGAUGUGGUACAGAGACGGCAUUACAGAAUUGGCUUGAACCUCUUCAAUAAGAAGCCAGAGAAGGGUAUCCAGUAUUUGAUCGAGCGAGGUUUCCUGUCAGACACACCAGUGGGAGUGGCUCACUUCAUCCUGGAGCGGAAAGGCCUGAGCCGACAGAUGAUAGGGGAAUUCCUAGGAAACCGGCAGAAGCAGUUCAACAGAGAUGUACUAGACUGUGUAGUAGAUGAGAUGGAUUUUUCUUCUAUGGAUUUGGAUGAUGCACUCCGGAAAUUCCAAUCCCAUAUUCGGGUACAGGGUGAGGCCCAGAAAGUAGAACGACUCAUCGAAGCUUUCAGCCAGCGGUACUGUGUCUGUAACCCAGCCCUUGUGCGCCAGUUCCGGAACCCAGACACAAUCUUCAUCCUGGCUUUUGCCAUCAUUCUCCUCAACACUGACAUGUACAGUCCCAGCGUGAAGGCUGAACGCAAGAUGAAACUGGAUGACUUCAUCAAAAACUUAAGAGGGGUUGACAAUGGUGAGGAUAUCCCCCGGGAUCUCCUGGUGGGUAUCUACCAGCGCAUCCAGGGGCGUGAAUUGCGGACCAAUGAUGACCACGUGUCCCAAGUGCAGGCUGUGGAGCGCAUGAUUGUUGGCAAGAAACCAGUCCUCUCUCUUCCUCACCGACGACUGGUUUGCUGCUGCCAGCUCUAUGAGGUGCCAGAUCCAAACCGCCCGCAGAGGCUAGGGUUGCAUCAACGGGAGGUCUUCCUCUUCAAUGAUCUCCUUGUGGUCACCAAAAUUUUCCAGAAGAAGAAGAUCUUGGUGACGUACAGCUUCCGUCAGUCCUUUCCCCUGGUGGAAAUGCACAUGCAGCUCUUCCAGAAUUCAUAUUACCAGUUUGGAAUAAAGUUACUAUCUGCAGUACCUGGUGGGGAACGCAAAGUCCUCAUCAUUUUCAAUGCCCCCAGCCUCCAGGACCGGCUACGCUUCACUUCUGACUUGCGCGAGUCCAUUGCCGAGGUGCAAGAGAUGGAGAAAUAUCGUGUGGAGUCGGAGUUGGAGAAGCAGAAAGGUAUGAUAAGGCCUAACGCCUCACAGCCGGGAGGAGCCAAGGACUCAGUGAAUGGGACACUGGCCCGCAGUAGCCUGGAGGACACUUACGGGGCAGGCGACGGGCUCAAACGGGGAGCACUCAGCAGUUCCCUGCGAGAUCUGUCUGAUGCAGGGAAGCGGGGGCGGCGUAACAGCGUGGGAUCGCUGGACAGCACCAUCGAAGGGUCUGUUAUUAGCAGUCCACGCCCUCACCAGAGGAUGCCACCUCCGCCCCCACCCCCGCCGCCAGAGGAGUACAAGAGCCAGAGGCCGGUCUCCAACUCCUCAUCUUUCCUGGGCUCCCUAUUUGGAAGCAAGCGGGGCAAGGGGCCCUUCCAGAUGCCACCACCGCCAACAGGCCAGGCCUCUGCCUCUUCUUCAUCUGCUUCCUCUACCCACCACCAUCACCACCACCAUCACCAUGGUCACAGCCACGGUGGUCUGGGGGUGCUACCUGAUGGGCAAUCCAAACUCCAGGCCCUGCAUGCCCAGUAUUGCCAAGGACCCGGGCCUGCCCCACCACCCUACCUCCCACCCCAGCAACCCCCUCUCCCCCCUCCUCCUCAGCAGCCUCCACCCCUGCCCCAGCUGAGCUCCAUUCCACCACCACCAGCCUCUGCCCCUCCUGUGGGACCACAUCGCCACUUCCAUGCCCAUGGCCCUGUUCCAGGUCCUCAGCACUACACCUUAGGCCGGCCAGGCAGGGCCCCAAGGCGAGGGGCUGGAGGCCACCCUCAGUUUGCUCCACAUGGCCGCCAUCCUUUGCACCAGCCCACAUCCCCAUUGCCCCUAUACAGUCCUGCCCCCCAACAUCCUCCUGCUCACAAACAAGGCCCCAAGCAUUUCAUCUUCAGUCACCACCCACAGAUGAUGCCAGCAGCAGGUGCAGCUGGAGGCCCGGGAUCCCGGCCACCAGGAGGCUCCUAUUCCCAUCCCCACCACCCCCAGUCACCACUGUCGCCACACUCACCCAUUCCACCCCACCCCUCCUACCCACCCCUACCCCCACCGUCACCUCACACCCCUCACUCACCCCUGCCUCCCACUUCCCCCCAUGGCCCACUGCACGCCUCUGGGCCCUCUGGCACGGCCAACCCACCCAAUGCAAACCCCAAGUCCAAACCAAGCCGGAUUAGUACCGUGGUGUGAUAAAUGGAGCGAGCGAGCUGGAAAUCAGAAAGGUCUGAGGAAUCCACGGGAGAGAGAUCUUACCCCUCUUCUUCCUACUGUUUUUCUCAAAAUAUAUAUACACAUAGCAGUGUCCUCCUCUCCACUUUCUCUCUGCCUUGGGACCCCUCCUCCAGCCCUUAGCAGUGCCACGGGGUUUCCUUUCAGAUUUGAGGGCCCUUGCCAUUUACAGCCUGGACUUAGGGCACUCUUUGAUGCUGGGCAGUGGUGGGGGUCUUUUAAAGAUCCUCAACCUCUUUUUCCUGUCUUCCUCCCCCGCCCCCGCCACUUGUCCUGGUGGUCUAGCUCCGUGGCCUCAGACCUCCAGGCCAGUGUGAGCUCCCUUGCAGCUCUGACUGGUGGUGAUGGGCAGAUGACCAGAGCUGUAAAGGUGAAAGCUUCCCCCAGAGCUCCUCUGGCUGCAUGAGCCUAGGAGAAGAGAGCUCUGUAGAGCUGUGGCCAAGCCUCAGCUGGCUCAGCCCUCUCUCUGACCUCAGGGCCUGGCCACACACCUCCAUGUGUCUUUCUGCCUGUUCGAGGACACAGACUGUCAAUGCACUCCGUGGGUGGGACCCCCGCUUGGGCUGGCCCCUACACAGGGCAGUGCUUCCUCUCUCUCGAGCCAGUCAAUGCCCUCUCUCCAGUAGGCCCUAGCCCAGACCUCUUCGGCUUCAGGAACUUGGCCUUACCCUGCAAAUGGUCUUAUCCUGAUCAAAGUCAAGACAGGUUUUCUUUGAGUGUGGGGGGGGCUCAGGUCUUGGAUGAGAAGGGCACUGCCCUCCCUCACCCAUAUUGCAUGCCCCCCCAUUCCCUUUUGCCUCUCCCAUCUACAACUGAAGACAAUGCACUUUACAGAUGAUUGCCCACACACACAACUCUCUGGGGCAAGGUACCUAACAUCAGCCUUGGGGAGGCGCUCCCAGAGGGCUACCCUGAGCCCAAGAUGUCCUUCCUGAGGCAGAGAUAGAAGCCAUCAGAGCUGGGGCUGGGAGCCAGAAUGCCUGAGUCCUUUCUGUCCGUCAAAAUUUCCACUGCCUCUCCAGCCCUUUUGCAGCCCUGUUUAUUUAUUAUAAAUAUAUUUUUUACAAGUCCCAGCUCCUCUUCUUGCCCCGCAAUCCAGCUCCUACAUUCCUCUCCCCCUCUCCACUGUGGGCUGCAGUACAGAUAGAUAGAUAGACCCUGGCUGUUGAAGAGCCAGGGACCCUGGGCUCAGGGGGUAUGUGGUGGUGGGAGGGGCUGUAUGGAGAGGAGCUGGCGUUCAGGCAUUGUCUUUUUUCCUCCUUGUAUAUAAGAAUGUAUAUUUGAUGCCUCAUAAAAGACCUCGUGCUCA